AUGACGAAAGACCAUGGUGGCGUUCGCGACAUUCAGUUCAUGCAGGCAAAGAAGACUACCAUCGCUGACUGCGAUGCUCAUCUCCGUCAAGGCAUCUCAGGAGACCUUGGCUUCGAGGUUUGGGGCCAAACAAAGGACAGCCUUAAGAUCUAUCGUGCAGUCGUGGAACAGGGCAAGGACUACGGAAUUCGCCAAAUGGGCGGUCCAUCAAAAGUAGUCCACCACGUUGAAGCGGCGUUCGCGACACCCACUCUCGACUUCAUCCCGGCAAUCCACGGAAGUCGAAGGAACUAG